AUGCCGAAGAAGAGGACGCGUCCGGCAAAUGCGCCACAUACUUUCGCCUUCGUCUCUGUCAACGAUUUCGGACAAGUGCAACAGGCAGCGGAUCGGAGACUGAUCAGAAGCCACUGCAUGAUCGGUAAAAAUAAGAAAAGGCCAGACCCUAAAGCCAAACUCUCCAAGCAUCGCAGUGGUCGGAGUGGGGAGAAUGAAAAGGAGUCCCCCGUAGCCCCUCCUUCCGACCUAUUACUCGUCAAAUUCGUCAAGGAUAUCGACUCACAGUCAAGAAAACUCCUCUUCGAGUACUUCGUCGAGUCAAAGUCUCUCCUGUAUCCCCGUGAGCUCGGCGUUGAUUAUGAGUGCAGCAGGAGCUCUUGGUUUGUGUGGCUUUCGUACGACAUGGGAUUCUUCCAAUCAGUCCUACUCAGCGCGUCCGCCAUGGUGGACUACAAGACAAGGAAACCGUUCAGCAACGCAACGCACCAGCACUUACGAAGAACCAUUCGUCUGUUGAAUGAGCGCUUGUCGGAUGAUGUUCUCGUCCGGAGUGAUGCGACCAUUUCUAUCGUGCUCAAUCUCAAUAGGCUUGCCGGCUAUUCCGGGGAUGAGGAGGCCAAGAAGACGCACAACGGUGGUCUUCAACAGCUGGUGCACCUGCGUGGGGGUUUGGAUGCGUUCCGCUACAAUACUGAAAUGUGGAUCAAGCUGAGUCGUCUUGACUUCGGCUUUUGCCUUGACACCAGACAGCAGCUAUCAAUCUUCGAGACCGAGCCCACAUUCUGGGAUCCGCUAUUCGAUUACAAAAAGCCCCUUCCGUCCGAAAACCCCAUCUAUGGUAUUAUACCAGAGUUAUCCGCGGUCGAAUCCAUCGUGGACUCCAGACUGGCCACCAUCUUCCGCGAUUUGCAGUAUCUCGGUGCGCUUCUCAACACCGCAGCCGUCCGCAAACGGACCAUCGGCGAUAGGCAAUUCCAUGAAAUUGUGUGCUCCAUCCAACGCCGGCUCAUGCGCCUGCAAGGUACGCUGCCCGACCUCCUAGGGGAGUGCUUCCGGUUGGGCAUGCUAGCCUUCCUGGCGACGCUAUUUCAAGUUCCACGGACGCCAUGUAGCUACCCUUACCUCGAAACCCGGCUCAAGGAGGCCUAUCAAUCCAUAGAUACGACACCGGACCGGCGGGAUCUGUUGCUGUGGCUGCUAAUGGUCGGCGCCAUGACGGUGUACAAGCCCGAUGAUCCCUGGUUGCGCGAUCGCUGGCUGUCGGACGUGUCACACUCGACGUGGCCAGAGGCGCGAGGAAGACUACAGGAUGUUGUAUGGAUCAACGCCAUGCAUGAUAGGCCGGGCAGGCAGGUCUUCGAUGUGUUGAGCAUGAAGAAAACGGACUUCUUUGAUUUGUCCGGUUGA